CUCAUCCACAGGCUUGCUCAUCCCUCUACUCACACAGUCACCCGUCCCCUCACUCUCAUUUAUGCUUCACCUGUGAAUGGUGGUCCUGGGACAGCCACUGCUGGAGCCCGGGUGAGCCUGGGGGCUCCUCCCACUCUGGCCCUCCCUGAUGACAGCCCUCGCCACAGCUCCCGAGCCAGCCACCACGUCCCUGCAUACUUCAUCAUCACCUGUGCCACCAGAAGCCACCACAGCUUUGGGGCACAACCUGAAGACCCUCACAGUCACCUUCCCCAUCUCCACCCUCCAGUAUUCAUCAGACAGGAGCAAUGGCUCAGCCACGUUCAACUCCACUGAGAGGGUCCUGCAGAGCCUGGGGAGACCCUGGUCCCAGCAGCUCCUGCUGGGUCCUUGUUCAAGAAGAGCAGCCUGGGCCUCUUCUCCUUGAGUUGCAGACUGGUCUCCCUCAGGCGAGACCCUCCCCUGAGCAUUUGCCCCUAAUGACCACUUUUGU